AUGCUCGUCGUGUUCCAAAAUGUCAUCAUCUAUAACCCGUUUCUGCCGCCCGACGCUCGCCGCUUGGAAAUAGCAGACUAUGCGAGCCAAUGUCGCGGGGUGGCUUGGAGGCAACAGAUGAUCAAGUCGCUGGACGGCACGCCAAUUGCGCUCUGCGUCAGCGAAAAAGCUUCAGAGCCAUCAAUUCUCCCUGCCACGCCGGUGUACAUUUUGUACUUUCAAGGUAACGCUUCAUCUUUGCCGCCCAGAUUACCCGAGAUAUCGUCAGUCCUCCGUCGAGUUCGAGAUGCCGACAAAAGCGCAAGCUAUACCAUCGUUGGCGUGAGCUAUCGAGGCUUCUGGAAGUCACACGACCGGCCGUACGAAAAAGGCAUCAAUCUAGAUACCCAGGCAGCGUUACGGUGGGUUACGCAAUUGCACAAAGUUGAGCAUCCUGCUUCGCAGGGUAGCCCUGUUAUUCUCCUCUGGGGCCAGAGCGUAGGUUGCGGCUUCGCUACCAAUCUCGCCGCAAAUACGUCAGACGAGUCCAAUCUUUCGAUACGUGGCAUGGUGCUCGAGACACCGUUCACCAACACGAGGGCCAUGCUGCAGGCCUUGUAUCCUCAGAAAUGGCUGCCUUAUCAGUAUCUGUGGCCGUUUCUGCGCAAUCAGUUGGAUACGUGGAACAAUCUUAGGGUGGUGGCUCGAAAGUCAAAGGGGCAGCCGGUGCCCGUGUACAUUGUCGAGGCUGGGAAUGACGAGCUAGUGCCACAGAAUCACGGCGAGAUGCUAGCUGGACGCUGCGCGGAGCUCGGCUUGCCUGUGCAGCGUUUUACCGUGCGUAAAGCUCUUCACAACGAUGUCUCGAUCCGGCAGGCUGGCAAGCAGGCUAUUGCAGACUCCAUACGAUCCGCUGUGGCGGCCGCUCAGGCACAGUGA